GCGCUUCUAAUAAAAAUAAUGGUAUUGUUACAGUUCUUUCGAUCAAGAACAAUGAAGAUUCUUCUAUUGACGAUAAAAAUGAUGUAAAAGAUAUUUUAAAUGAUGAUAAUAAAUCUAGUACGUACUUUUAA